AUGCACUAUGUCCUUAAUGCAAAAAGAGGACCCGCUGGCCAAAAUGGGUUAACUAUAGCCGCGGGCCCUUUGCAAAUAGACCAAAGAUCGGCUUCUGCUUGCAAAAGGCAUGCAUAUACCGCUCGCUCCACACGCUCUAACCAACUGAGCUAUUCCAGCUUCUUAGUUUAUACUUCCACAAUUUGGAUAAUUAAUUUGUACACAGCUUUCAGGCAUGGGUUAGGAAACAAAUUGUCAAAAAUCAAGCCCAAAAUGAAAGAAAAUGAGCCACAGAAGUUUGAUCUACCAGUAGAUGCAGAGCACAAAGCUACAAUCUUCCCUAUAUUAUCACUAUCUAAGCCUCAUAUGAGAGCAUUUCAUCUAUCAUGGCUCCAAUUCUUUGCCUGUUUUGUUUCAUCUUUUGCUGCUCCACCUUUACUACCCAUCAUCCGAGACAAUCUCAAUCUUACAGCAACUGAUAUAGGCAAUGCAGGGAUUGCAUCAGUCUCUGGUGCAGUCGUAGCCCGUUUAGCUAUGGGUACCGCCUGUGAUCUAGUCGGGCCUAGAGUCGCCUCCGCAUCACUCACCCUUCUUACCGCUCCAACAGUCUAUCUAUCAGCCAUAGUGAACUCCCCUACAUCGUUUUUGCUGGUUCGGUUUUUUACAGGUUUUUCUUUAGCCACUUUUGUAUCGACUCAAUUUUGGAUGAGCUCUAUGUUUUCUCCUCCGGUUGUCGGACGGGCUAAUGGGGUUGCAGCUGGGUGGGGGAACCUUGGGGGUGGUGCAACACAGAUGAUCAUGCCACUAGUAUACACCCUCAUACUAAGAGUAGGAGCCACAAACAAAUAUGCUGCAUGGAGGGUAGCAUUUUUCAUUCCUGCAGUUUUUCAGACUGUUAUAGCAUUUGCAGUGAUGAUUUUUGGGCAAGAUAUGCCUGAUGGAAACUUCCAGAAGCUGCACAAGUCAGGACAUAAACAUAAAGAUAACAUUUUUAAGGUUAUAUAUCAUGGACUUACUAAUUAUAGAGGCUGGAUUACUGCACUGUGUUAUGGGUACUGUUUUGGUGUGGAGUUAACUGUUGAUAAUAUAAUUGCUCAGUAUUUUUAUGACAGAUUUGAUCUUAACCUUCAUACAGCAGGAAUUAUAGCAGCUAGUUUUGGGACGGCUAAUGUCUUUGCUAGGCCAGGAGGUGGACUGCUGUCCGAUUUCCUCGCGAAAAGGUUUGGGAUGCAGGGAAGACUGUGGGGUUGGUCGAUUAUACAGAGUGUUGGAGGUUUAUUAUGCAUUGUUCUUGGACUGGUUAACUCUUUCUGUGGAUCAGUUGCAGUGAUGCUUGUGUUUUCAGUGUUUGUUCAAGCAGCCUGUGGCCUUGCAUUUGGAGUAGUUCCUUUUGUUUCAAGAAGAGCUUUGGGGGUGAUAUCUGGUAUGACAGGAGCAGGUGGAAACAUUGGUGCAGUCAUAACUCAAUUAAUUUUCUUCAAAGGAUCUCAAUACACUACACAAAGGGGAAUUACUUACAUGGGUAUUAUGAUUAUUGCAUGUACUCUCCCUAUAGCUUUCAUAUACUUCCCACAAUGGGGUGGAAUGUUCUGUGGUCCUAAAGAAGGAUUUACAGAAGAGGACUACUAUUCGGGAGAAUGGGAUUCAAAGGAGCAGCAAGCUGGACAACACCUCGCGAGCUUGAAAUUCGCGGACACUAGCAGGAGUGAAAGAAUCAGAAAACAAGAGUCUACAAAUCCCUGA